AUGAACUGCGACAUUUGCCAAAGACCGCAUCAUCCCCAGCAGCGGCCCUUUCUCUGCGCUGUCGAUGCGCGCAACCGCUGCUAUGAAGGCCGUAUGAGGAAUCUUCAGGCGUUGAUGGAGAAUGAGUCUCUCCAGCAGCAGAUCAACGACUUGCUGGCCCAGACUGGCCCGGCUAGCUCUUCAACUUCCGCCGUCGCUAUUGAAGCCUCAGUAUCUGACCAGAAGAAAGCCGAGGACAGGACCGCUCAGAUCAUCGCGCAAGCCGACAAGCUGAAGCGGGAAAUCGCUGCUGCCAAGAAGGAAAUCGCUGACCGAAAAGCUGCUUUGUCGCGCCGCAAGUCGGAUCUGACAUCUGCCUCUGAUGGUACUGAGGCCCGGAGAUCCAGACAGUUGGAUGAGACUGAGCGCUCGAUCUCGGUAACCAAGUACAAAUGGAACCGCAGCGCCGAUAACAUGGCGACUACUCGAGCCUUUCUGUGCAUGGAGGCUGCCAAGUUGUAUGGACUUCGCCGAAUCAAGAAAGGGUCCUCAGCUCGAUAUGAGUAUAAGAUUGGUGGGGUUGAUGUCAUAGAUCUUUCAUCUAUGAAUGCCGUGUCUCCCGAGACAUUGUCCACAUCACUUGCCAACCUGGCCCAUAUUGUCGUACUGACGUCGCAUUAUCUCUCGAUCCGCCUGCCCGCAGAGAUCACUCUUCCGCAUCGGGACUAUCCUCGUCCCACGAUCUUCAACCUCGCUUCCUCCUAUCAGCACGGCGAUGUCCCAUUUCCUGGUUCCUCUGUCAUCCCCAACCUAACCUCAGAUGAUCGAGACAGCCAGCCUCAUUAUGUCCCGCGACCUCGGCCACUUUAUGUCGAUAAAGCCCUUCCCACUCUCGCAAAAGAAGACUCCGUCACGCAUUCGCUCUUCCUCGAGGGCGUCACCCUGCUUGCAUACGACAUCGCCUGGGCCUGCUCCACACAGGGUGUCUCUGUCGGUGAUCGCAACUCGUUCGACGACGUCUGCCACAUGGGUCGCAACUUGUACAAUCUGCUCAUCGGCCAACAGCUGCAUAGUACUCAGACAGGUCGCAUCUACCCUCCGGUGUCUUCGUCGCCCGCAACAAAGCACGACAAUCCAGAGCAAGAAGAAAUCGGAAAGGCGUCGUCUUGGAUGGGACGCUAUUCCCAUGGCACAACUCACACGUUCCUCGGAGGCGCGGAGGGUUCCGAUUUCAUCCGCAGCUUCAAGCUUCCCAGCCCCUUGAAGCUUGCCGAUAAGCUGAAGAAGAAGCUUCUGAGUGAGGUGGCAGUGCCGGAAUGGGAGGUUUUGGAGGAUGAUGCCUGGGCCCUGGACGAUACCGAAAGUGCGCAGAAUCGGACAGGUGGUGGAACGAAUGGAUGGACGAAGCUGAAGAACAGGUAA